AUGGCAAGACUAGAAACGGGUCUAAAUACUUCGUUUAACUACAUGGAAGAGAGUGAUGAAGCAUAUCUGUAUGAGGAAAACACCGUAAACUCUCUUAAGCUCAAAAAUCUGAUAGAUGAGGAUGCAUACAACAGUGCAAGAUUUGGAGAUGACCAUAAGUACAUAAGCUCGAAGAAGAGAAGAGAUAAAAAAAAGAAAAAGAAGGCUGGUGAAGAAAUACGAAAAAUAGUAAAUAGAAAAGUGGUAAACUUGCCUGCAUCUCAACCCUACAUAAAGCUUGUUGAUGGAGAAGAGAGGAUGUGUUUUAAGUACAAUACAAAAGUAAGUGAAUCAGCAUUGAGUACAAUGCCAAAAAUAGAACUAGAAGAAAAUGAGUUCUGUGUUAGAUUUGACCUGGACAGUGUAGAUAUAAGUAAGCUAAAUGAGAAAUUCAAGGCAGAUAAUUGUGUAUAUCCAAGAGCUAAUAUUCCCUAUGAAAUGUACACUGGUAAUAGAUGGAACUACGAAACAGAGUGUAAUCGACUAGCUUGGCAGUUUGUAUCACUCAACCCAGUGCUUCUAUAUGGAAAGAAAGGGCUUAUACAACGAGCCGUAGAUUCAUUUAGAAACAUCAGUAAAACGAGUAAGGGACAGAAAUUUUACAAAGAAGAAACGUUUUAUGGAGACAUUGAGAAGAGAAAGCAUCUUUCUCCUGCUGUUUCUUCUGUGCUUAUCUCGUGGUCUUCUCGUGGGACAACAAAAAAGUGCAAGGUGCAGGUGGGUGUUGAUAACAUUGACUAUUCUAAGAUAUCUGACGAGUUUAAGGCUAAAUACUCGGUGCUUGAUGAUAAAUUUGACGAAAAUAGCUUUGGACUUGAAAGAUGGGAGAGCAAAAACGAGGACAAUGAGCUUGCAGUCAAGAUCGCUUUUUUAAAUGUUGAGAACACGUCCUUUCUAAAUGCGAUCAAGGCUGUUGGAGUGCACACUGUUCUUAAAAGAGCCGUGGGUGCAUACAAGCACAAAAAGGAUGAGCUUCUAGCGAUGAGUGAAGACGCAGAAGCCCAGGAUGUUGUGACCAGUGCGCUGGACUACGCAUUUAAUUCUGUAAAUUUAAGUGACAAAGAAGAAAAUUAA